AUGUCAUGUUGGGAGCCGACCGGUACUGAAUACUGUAGCAUCCUAUUCCAUCAGGUGUGGAUAAAGAAGCUGGCUUGCUUGCUUGGUGCAGCACACCGGUCCAUUGCCAUGGCUGCACCGGGGAGCCAGGGUUGUAGGGUACCUAGGGUUGGUCCUGUAGGCAGGCAGCCCGGUAAGGUAGGGUUAUGA